GGCCUUAGUUUCCGCCCGGCAGAUAAUGUUUGUAACACUCAUCCUGAUGCAGUCUUGCCGAUACCGCUCAACACCCGGGAGAGAUAGGAGGGGCACCCAGUGCUGCAUAUCGGGGGCACGGGAAAUCUAACUCAGCAGCGGCCCCCCACACAUAUCGGCGGGGCACGGGAGCGCGCUCGUCCACUGUGUGCGCGCCUGGCUGUCUCCAUUAGUAACACAACAAUCAUGAAUUUAGACCGACUGAGGAAGAGAGUGCGGCAGUAUAUAGAGCAGCAACAGUACCAGAGUGCCUUAUUUUGGGCAGAUAAGGUUGCUUCACUAUCACAUGAGGAACCACAAGAUAUUUAUUGGCUAGCGCAAUGUUUGUAUCUCACCACUCAGUAUCACAGAGCUUCACAUGCCCUGAGGUCAAGAAAACUGGACAAGGCAUAUGAGGCAUGCCGGUACCUUGCUGCUCGAUGUCAUUAUGCUGCUAAAGAGUACCAGCAAGCUCUAGACAUCCUCGAUAUGGAGGAACCGAUUAGUAAAAAGCUGUUUGAGAAGAAUACAAAGGACGAAAAAUUAUUAAAAGAUGGUUCUGGAGAAUGGCAGAUGUCACAGUCUUCGAUCAAAAGCUCCAUUUGCCUUUUACGUGGAAAGAUUUAUGAUGCUCUGGAUAACCGAGCCCUGGCAACAUAUAGUUAUAAAGAGGCCUUAAAGUUUGAUGUUUACUGCUUUGAAGCAUUUGACCUCUUAACAGCACACCAUAUGCUGACAGCCCAGGAAGAGAAAGAACUUCUUGAUUCUCUACCUCUUAGUAAGAAAUGUCCGGAUGAUCAAGAACUACUCCGUUUCCUCUUUGAAAACAAACUUAAAAAGUACAACAAGCCAAGUGAAACAGUGAUACCAGAAUCUGUAGAUGGUCUUCAAGAUAACUUGGACGUAGUGGUUUCUUUAGCAGAAAGACAUUACUACAAUUGUGACUUCAAGAUGUGCUAUAAACUUACAUCUGCAGUAAUGGAGAAAGAUCCCUUCCAUGCAAAUUGUUUACCUGUGCAUAUAGGCACUCUCGUAGAGCUGAACAAAGCAAAUGAACUCUUCUAUCUUUCCCACAAGUUGGUUGAUUUAUAUCCUAAUAAUCCUGUGUCCUGGUUUGCUGUAGGCUGCUAUUAUCUCAUGGUUGGCCAUAAAAAUGAACAUGCCAGGCGAUAUCUUAGCAAAGCCACCACAUUAGAGAGAAGCUAUGGUCCUGCUUGGAUUGCUUAUGGGCACUCAUUCGCAGUGGAGAGUGAACAUGACCAGGCAAUGGCUGCUUACUUCACAGCUGCACAACUGAUGAAAGGCUGCCAUUUGCCAAUGUUGUAUAUUGGACUAGAGUAUGGGCUUACGAAUAAUUCAAAGUUAGCAGAAAGAUUUUUCAGCCAAGCAUUGAGUAUCGCACCAGAAGAUCCAUUUGUUAUGCAUGAAGUUGGCGUGGUAGCAUUUCAAAAUGGAGACUGGAAAACGGCUGAGAAAUGGUUCCUAGAAGCACUAGAGAAAAUUAGAGCAAUUGGCAAUGAGGUUACAGUUGAUAAAUGGGAACCUUUGCUAAACAACUUGGGUCAUGUCCGACGAAAGCUUAAGAAAUAUGAAGAUGCGUUGGAAUAUCAUCGUCAGGCCCUGGUUCUGAUACCGCAAAAUGCAUCCACUUACUCUGCCAUUGGAUACAUACAUAGUUUGAUGGGAAACUUUGAAAGCGCAAUUGAUUACUUUCACACAGCACUUGGUCUAAGAAGAGAUGAUACAUUUUCUGUUACAAUGCUUGGACACUGCAUAGAAAUGUACAUUGGUGAUUCAGAAGCAUACAUAGGAACAGAGAUCAAAGACAAGUUAAGAUGUUAUGACUUUGAUGUCCAUACAAUGAAAACCUUGAAGAACAUCAUUUCACCUCCCUGGGAAGAAAGGGAAUUUGAUCUUGAACGGCAGUCCCUUGAUGAAAGUGGUAUCAUGGCCUUGGAGACAUCUCAUCUGCUACCUAAAUCUUCUGAUGCCAAAUCACCAAUGGAAGAAGCUCUUGAGAUUGAGAUGAAUGAAAGUGAUAUGAUGCUAGAGACGUCAAUGUCUGACCACAGCUCAUGAAUAGCAGAGCAUUAUGGCUGCUUCUACUUUUGGACUUUCUUCUACACCCUGAAAUCUAGAUAUUUGGUACACCACAUAUUGCCAGAACUGGGAAAGAAGCCUUUGCUUCAUCACAGAAGUGUUAGUGAGGCCUGGUGAGCGAUGAACUGCUGGUUUCCCUUGUUGGAAACUAUGAAGUGGUAUGUUAUCUAAAAGAGGUUUUACAUUUUUAGUGUUGUAAAAUGUAUUUCACAUAUUACUUUUUAACAUUGUACUGUGGAUGAUUGUUUUACACUGCUGUAUAAUUGAUCACGUUAAAAAAAAAAAAGUAACUAUGUUACAUUGGAAAGAGCGUUUGUUGUCCACAGACCACUCUGGUUUGAUAAUGUGAAAUUGCUUUACUUGUACAACUUGCACCAAAUUUGUUCAGUGUCCACAAUAAAUGCUUGGAUGGACAAAAUAUUUUUUAUAAUUUUUUUACUUAUUAAAUGUAUCACCUCAGUUAA